AUGGCGGACAAGCGCAAGCUGCCCAUCGACAUCCAGUACAAGCAGCUCCUGGAGGCGCUGGUGGACCGCCGCAUCGUGCCGCACAAGUGGCUCGAGCAGCACAAGCAGAUUCGCGACGCCAUCGCCGCGCUGUACCCGGAGCUGCCUCUGGCCAGCGAGCAGCUGACCAAGUUCCGCGCGAAGAAGCCCAGCCACGAGGAGCUCAACUACUUCGACUGCAAGUUCAUCUUCGAGUGUCUGGAGCAGUCGGACGAGGGCGCGAGCAAGAACUUCUUCGGGCAGUACACGUCGCCGGUGCUGAAGCGGUGGAGUGCGCUGAUUCGCCAGUACGAGAAGAACAACGUCUUCGCAGCCGAGGCGGCGCGUAUCAUCACGCAGAACACCGCGUUUGAAAUUCCGUUUUUGAAAAAAUCGAUCCAGCAGAAUGAGAAGCAAGUCGCGGACAAUAACCGCAAGGCAGCGGACUUGACGAGGAGCAUUACCGAGUACAAGCGCAAGUUGGAGACCUCAUGCGCGGACAUGGGCAUUGCGGGGGAGAACUUCCGUGAAGAGCUGCGUCGUUUGCCGCUGGAGUUGCCGUCCAUCUUCGAUGGCGUCGCAAAGGCUAUUUGCUGUGACGAAAUUGCCAAUGCAAUCGAGUACCACCAGGCGCUCCAAAGCUACUUGCUUGACUGCGAAGUCCCUGUUGUGGCCCCCGUCACAGAACCCACUGGUUCGUCCUCAUCGAAAAAGGACAAAAAGAACAAGAAGAAGGGCAAGAAGCAGUCCAAAGUGACCGAAGAGCCUGAAAUCGCUACGGAUGAACCAUUUGAGCUUGUCGUGGCUCCCCACAAGUUCUUCGAUGCGAUCGAAGAACUUCGUAAUGCGAGCGAUGAGCUGGUGGAAGCGGGUGCGACGUUGGACUUUGAAGCUGAGGCGGCAGAGAUCAGUUGGGAUAUCUCGCUUGAUGACAGCGGCACUGCUGAUGCUGGCGAGAUCGACUGGGGCAUUGAAACAGUCGCGGCAACCGAUCCAGCUGAUGUUGGCGAUGCUCCUGUUGAGAUCGAUUGGGACAUUACAACAUCGGAUGUGGUGGAGUCGGUUAGCGAGGACAAUGCCACGGAAGUGACUGGUGAAGAAAUUACGUUGGACGUACCUUCUACUAGCAAGCAAGUGACUCGUGUUGGGCUUUUGGAUGACAACGAGUUCCGCACUCGUGUGCUGAAUGAUCUGCUGGAGCUGCGAGCGUUCCUCCGCCAGCGACUAGUUGAGCUGUCCGGAAGUGAUUCCGUUGCCUUUGCCAACCAAUUCCAGGGCUCUUCUCCAUUACUGGAACAACAGAGCACGACAAAGAUCGAGGAAUUUCAAGCUGCUGUAGACCAAGCUGUAUCUUUGCUGACGGGCAAACGUUUGCAGCAACUGGUGCUCAUUAAAACCUCAGAGAGAUAUCUCGACAGGCACGUGGCGAACUUGGAAAUGCUGACCAAGCACAUGGACAAAUGCCGCCGCGAAAUCCACGUUUUGGAGGACAAGAACGUUGAUCUCAUUGACGCCACCAAAAAUGUCCAGCCCCAGAUUAAUGCGCUCGUGACGACGACGAAAAAGCUGAAGAAGGAGUUGGAAGCUACACUGCCAGCACUGUUCAAGGGCUACAAGGUUAACAUCGUGGGCGAGGUUAACAGCCUUUAG